AUGUCCACCAAAAACCCCACAAUCAAACGCAUCCUCAAAGAAGCCUCCGAACUAGCCACCCAACCCAGCCCAGACUACCACGCCGCCCCGCUCGAAACGGACCUCUUCGAAUGGCACUUCACCCUGCGCGGCCCGCCCGCGCCCUCGCCCUUCGCCGGCGGAAUCUACCACGGCCGCAUCGUCCUGCCCCCAGCAUACCCGUUGAAACCGCCCUCCUUCCGCUUCCUCACGCCCACCGGCCGCUUCGAAGUCAACCGCGAGAUCUGCCUGUCCAUCAGCGGGCACCACGAGGAGACGUGGCAGCCGGCGUGGGGGAUCCGGACGGCGCUGGUGGCGAUACGGAGCUUCAUGGAUACGGAUGCGAAGGGCCAGGUGGGGGGUAUGGAUGCGAGUGAGGAGGUGAGGAGGAGGUUUGCGGGGCAGAGUCUGAAGGGCCGGUGUGCGGCUUGUGGGAAGAGUAAUGAGGAGGUUAUGAGGGAGCAGGAGGAGGCUGUGAGGGAGGCGGGUGCGGAGAUGGGGAAGGAGAUCGUGCCGGAGGAGUUGAGGUUGGCGUAUAGGGAUGAUUUGGGGAAGGGGGAGGGGAAGGCGAAGGAGGGGACUUCGCAGAGUGGUAAUCCUCCUCUUCCUCCUCCUGCUGCUGCUGCACCGGCUGUACCGCCACCUACUUCAACUACCACACAAACGAGACCGGUAUCAGGUCCUGCGCCGGUUCCACCAGCAACGGCAGCUGUAGCCGCACAACAGCAACAACAGCGGCGACCUCAACAAGACGACGGAAUCCCCGCCUGGAUCGACAAGGCGAUAUACGGCGUCAUCGGCGCCAUAAUCUUCCUCUUGUGGAAGAAAUACCUGCUCUAA